CUUUCUGUUACUGCAGCCCUCCAACUCCUCCUCCAGAAGAAGAAAGAUCAUGUCCGCCGCAUCCCUGCCACCAACUCAAUUUGCCUUUCGCUCCGCUGCAGGAAUCGGUCUCUCCGAGGGAGCUCCUGAGUUUGGCGCACCUGCUGGAUUUGAAAAGCAAACUGGCAACAUCCGUGUGCUUCAGUACAGCAAGAAUGGGCAGUAUCUUGCUUGGGCCACCCCGGAAUGUGUCAAGGUGAUGGACGCUCAGUCCUUGGAAAUCGUUCAGGACUUGGCUAUCAAGGAUGUGCUCGAGAUCGACUUUUCACCCAAGGGAACCUUCCUCUCGACCUGGCAGCGACAGAUCAAAACCGAGGAUGGAUCUCACAAAAACAUGACAAUCUUUGAAGUCAAGACUGGUCAGGAGUUGACCGGCUUCUCGCAAAAGUCGCAGAACAAUUGGAACGUCCAGUGGACUGACGAUGAAUCGUACUGCGCCAGGAUGGUCUCCAACGAGGUUCACUUUUGGGAACCCAAGAACUUGACAAAGACUCCUUUCACCAAACUGCGUCAGGAGGGUAUGUCCCAGUUCUCGCUCUCCCCUGGAAAGAGUACCUCGGUCGCAGUCUUUUUUGGUGAGCGCAAGGGAGCUCCCGCCAUGGUCCGGAUUUACUCGAUCACCAACUUUGCUGUGCCCCUGGCCAGCAAGUCCUUCUUCAAGGCAGAUCGUGUUCAGAUGAUUUGGAACCAGCUUGGAACAAAUGUGCUUGUCUGGGCGACGACAGAUCACGACAAGACUGGAAAGUCGUAUUAUGGAGAGACCAAUCUGUACUAUCUGGCCGUUGCUGGUAACUUCGAUUGCAGAGUCCCAAUCGAUGGCUUGAUCCACGAUGUCGCCUGGGCCCCUGCCUCUAAGGAUUUUGUAGUCAUCCAUGGACAGAUGCCGAGCCCUAAGACGACUCUUUUCGACCACCGCGCCAACGCCGUGCAUGAAUUUGGACGGGACGCCCGUAACACAAUCAAGUGGAACCCACAGGGACGCAUCUUGGUAUUGGCGGGAUUCGGGAACUUGGCGGGAACCAUGGACUUUUGGGACCGCAAGACCUUGAAGAAGAUCACCAGCGUCUCUGCCCGUGAUACAACUGCGUGCGAGUGGUCACCCGACGGUCGCCACAUUUUGACUGCAACGCUCAGUCCUCGUCUCCGUGUCGACAAUGGAUACAAGAUCUGGCACUAUACUGGAACGUUGGUCCACACUGCGGAAGUGAACGAACUCUACCAAGUCAGCUGGAGACCAUGUGCGCCUGAGAUCUAUCCCAUCCGCUCCUCAUUGUCACCUGCUCCCAAGCCCACUGCGAACUCUUCCGCCGCAGCCGUAAAGCCUGCCCCCGCCCGCGUCGGCGCAUACAGACCUCCCCAAGCCCGUGGCACACCUGCCCCCUCUUUACUCGUUGAUGCCAACGCCAGCACAUCGACUGCAGCUUCGACCGCCUCCACUGCCAGUUCUGAUGCUGCCCUGUCCAAAGCGGCAUUAAAGAACAAGAAGAAGCGCGAGAAUGCCAAGAAGAAUAAGGAUGGUAGCCCCGAGGAGGGUGGUGCUCCUACCCCGGCAGUAUCUGGAUCCGGUAGUAAUUCACCUGCUCGCUCUAAUACCCCUCGUCCCAUCUCCAAUACCCCUCGUCCUAACUCCAAUAACAACAACAGCAGCAAUGGCAACAGCAACAGCAACAAGAAGUCUCAGAACGGAGCACUUCUCCCAGCGACGUCGGCGGUCUCAUCUCAGAUGACGGAAACAGAGAAGAAGAUCCGCAACGUGACGAAAAAACUGAAGCAGAUCCACGAGCUGAAAGAAAAACAGGCAGCCGGCGAGACGCUCGAGUUGACACAGUUGCAGAAGAUCACGGCUGAGCCCGCAUUGUUGAAAGAGCUGGAAGCAUUAAAGGUGUAGCGGACACGCAGUUUUCGGGACAGGGCGUAUUAGCGAGGACUGAUGGUGCUCCUCGGAUAAAGGUCGUUUCCAUGUAGAAGAACAGCCCAUCUUUUUGAAUUAAAAAAAAAAUAACCUCCCC